AGAAAAAGCCAUGGCUGUCCAGCUAAAAAGCCUUGCCCUGCUGUUCCUCUUUGUGGGUGCGCUCAGCCUUCAUGCAGUCCGUUCUUCGGGUGAAGAUGUGAUAGUAACAUUUAUAAUGGUUCAACGUGCCGAAAUCGGGCAAGUGUUUAAGAUCGUUGGGAACAGUGACAAGCUGGGGAAUUGGGAGCCUUCUAGAGUGGAGAACAUGACAUCGACUCCUGGCGAUGCCUGGGCCAUCUCUGUGAAAUUGACGAAGGGAGCAGCAUAUGAGUCCAAGCCAGUACUAGUCGACUCUGAUAGUGGUAACACCUUGUGCUCGGCGAACGAGAACCGCCACUUAACUAUUCCGGAAGAUUAUUCCAAGUCUGAUUAUGUGGAAACAGUGUUUUGGAGCAUCUCUUGCGGUUACGAUUGCCAUGAAAACAAUGCUUGCUCCGACCAAGGGAGGGUCUGUAACUUUUAA